AUAAAUUCAGACUGUUGCUGUGCGCUACUGCGUUUGCAAUCAAGCAUACAAAGGGAAAAACGAAGCGGCGAAGUUGACACAGCUUAGCUGCGAAUCGCAAAGUACCUUGUCCAAAUAAUUCGUUUCUUCUUGCUGUAUAAAAUGAAUGUGAUACAACCUGCUGCGCUGAGAGGACGGCCGAGAGGCGCUUAUACGAGAGGGAGAAUCGCCUCGAUACCAAAUGCGCAACGCGCUACAAAUAUUUUUCCGAAGUAUCAAUUCGAUUCUGGUUUCCUGAGACCACCGACGAGCACGGGAUCCGGGAUAAAUUCCAAUGCGAAUACAAGGACGCCAAUUCGCAGAGAGAAUUGCGUCUCCACGUCAUCCUACCUGCCCAGCACUUCUCGUCAUAGCGCGGGAUCAUGCAACCGAACGAGAUCGACACCACGCGGCACGUCCAGCAAUGCGGAAACUUUGAUAGUAAUCGCGUUGACAGCUGGCCGAGGAGACGCCAGUAGUGAAGUCGGUUUGGCAGCGAUAGAUCUCCAGUACCCAUACUUGAUUCUCUGUCAAAUCAGCGACUGCCAAACGUACGUCAAUACCUUGACGAAAAUUAAUAUGCUUGACCCGGUAGAGAUACUGAUGCCGGAAACGAUGUGCCAGCAGCGAGGUCGCGGGAAUAAGCUGUACAAAUCGAUCAAAGAGAAGUUCAAUGCGCUCAACAUUACGCCGAUCUCGCGAAUGCACUUCAACGAAUCGACUGGCAUGGAACGCGUGCGAACUCUCUGUGCCCAGGAAUAUUCCACGGUGGAAUUGAUAGUGAAACAAAAAUAUUACGCUUUAGCCGCCACUGCGGCGUUGCUCAAAUACGUGGAAUACGUCCAACACGUCGUUUACGCCCCGAGGUCGAUGCGAAUCGAAUUUCAGGGAUCACCGAAUACCACGAUGAUUGACAUAGAAAGCGCUCAGAGUCUGGAACUGAUCGUCUCGCAGUCCAAGUACUCUAUCGUCAGUCUGCUGGGCACUAUGGAUCGCUGCUUGACUCCCAUGGGCAGGAGGCUCCUACGCGCUUCCAUUCUCCAGCCUUCUUGCGAUGAACGUUUGAUCCUUGAUCGACAAGCUUGCGUGGCCGAAUUGAUAGCCAAUCGUUCGUUGUGCAUUAGCAUUCAGGUAGCUGCACGACUGGAACACUUAUGUCUAACGAGUAGUGCUCAACAAUUUCAUUGGACUUGCGAUAUUUUUGUUUCACAGCCGGCAGUGCAACGCCUUUUCGGCACGGACCGUUUGCUGACAUUAGCGACUAAACCACUGUACGUAAAUGACAUGCAAAAUGCAGAGCGAAAUUUGAACUACGUGUUGCUUUUGAAAAGCAGUUUGGACGCUAUUCCAGAAUUGGAGGCGAUUCUCGCAACCGGCACUCAACCGUUUUUCGUGAAAAUGCGAAAAAAUUUAGGAAAUUUAGAGUUCCGAGUUAUAAAAGAUAAAAUGUUAACGUUGAUAAACACGGACGCAAGAUUCGUGAAAGGCUGCGCUUCUUCGAGUCUGGAGCGAUGCUUCGCCAUACAACCUGGCCUCAACGAAUUAUUAGACGUCGCUCGGCAAAUUUAUUGCGAAUUAAUCAGUGACAUGAAAAAAAUAGUGGAGCAAUUGGCUGUGAAGCAUAGACUUCCAUUAACUUUAGAAUACAACACAAAUUUAGGCUAUCACAUCAAUUCAAUCAUACCGCGAGGUUCGAACAUUGCCAUGUCGGAAUUGCCAGCGGAAUUUAUUCAGGUAAGAAAAAACAGGAGGUCCUUCGCGAUGACCACGAUGGCGUUACUGACAUUGAACAAACAGUGCAAAAAAGCGUGCGAGGAAAUUUACGUGAUGAGUAACACAUUGCUCAAUAUGUUACUGGAGGACAUAAGACAACACGUCGGUUGUUUGUUUCAACUGAGUGCUGAUGUGGCGGAAUUGGAUUUAAUAUUAUCAUUGGCGCAGAUCAGUUCCAAUCCAGAAUACGUGAGACCGUCAUUCGGGACGAAGUUAGAAUUGAUCAAUUCGUUGCAUCCGAUUAUGGAAUUAUUUAACAGGGAUCUUCCAGUACCUAACGACGUGAAAGCUUCGUACGCAUAUAAUUUUCACCUGAUAACCGGACCAAACAUGAGCGGCAAAUCUACAUACUUGAAACAAAUUGUUCUACUUCAAAUCAUGGCGCAGAUCGGUUCGUACGUACCGGCUACGAAAGCGACAUUCCGCAUCGCAGAUCGCAUAUUUUGUAGAAUGAGUUCUCGCGACGACGCUGAACUCAAUGCGUCCACCUACGUUCUGGAGAUGAAGGAGGUGCAAUACAUCUUACAGUCCGUCACUCCGAACUCCCUCGUCGUUCUAGACGAGCUCUGCAGACACACCGCAGUCGAGGAGGGGUCGGCUAUCGCUUGGUCGAUAUACGAGAAAUUAUCACUGACAUCCGCGUACACAUUUGCCGCAACGCAUUUCUUGCACCUGACUGCACUAAGCAACAUGUAUCACAACAUAGAAACGCAUUACUUCGAGACAAAAAAUGCGGAGCCAGAGAACAAAACGAAAGAAUUACACCUGAUAUAUACUCAUAAAUUGAUGCCUGGAAUAGGAUCCACUGAUCAUUAUGGAAUUGCUUUAGCGGAAGUGUGCUCUCUACCGAAAUGCGUUACAACCAAGGCACGAGAGUAUGCAUCCAGGCAGUCCACGCAGAAUAAUCUCGGCUCUUUCACGAGUUCCCGAUCAUGGGAGAAAUCGUGUUACGAUGCGGUCGUUCAAUUGCGCGCGCUGUUGGACGAUAAUAAUUUCACUUUUGCGAAUGUAAUAAAUAUCAUGAAGCAACUGGAUCUAAGCAAACAACCCAAGCAACAACCUGCGAAACAUGCGCAGGGGCCCGCACAAUUCACAAGUGUCCCGCAAAAUUCACAAGCAUCACGCAAGAGACAGAAAUGCGAGGAUGAUAGAAACCUUGAUGCUGUACCAAAAAAUAAUUUAACGAUAGAAACAAACAACAAUGCAUCGUUAACUGAAUUACCAAACCAGACAAAUAAGAACGACACGGUGCCAGAAGAAAUGGAGUACGAACCAACGCAGAUCGUCGAUCGCGCGAUUGUAGUCGCGCAUCCAGCAGACCACGAUCUGAAAACAGAUUUGCGAUUAACAGAUAACGUGAUUAAAUCAUUUUCAUUGCCAAAUGCAAACGUAGCCGAUGAAGAAACAUCAAUUAUUUUUAACCCAUGCCCUUCUUUCCAAUUGACAAAACUUCCGCCGUUGGAAUCAUUCGAUUCGACCACAACAGAGAUAAAAUCGUUGGCUCAACAAUCGGGAAGCAUCACCGACGAUCCGCUAUUUUACGUUCGUACAUCCUUCACGGCAACCAGCCAGAAGACGGUAACAUUGUCGGAAACCGAUAAAGAGAAUCAAUCACAAGGCGAAGCAAGUUUAACAUUCGCUACAAAUUCAAUAGCGACUUCUUCGUUGAUAUCCCGCAUAUCUUCUCAGGGAUAUCACGAUUACUGCCUAUCCCAAAAAGACUUUGACAUUUCUCAGUCUCAAUCAAUUUCAAGUGAUUUAGCAAGGAUUACCGCGCGAGUCAAAGAAGCAGCGAUCUUCCGGCAGAUCGAGGGCAGCUCUUUCGAUGAGGAAGAGUUCCUUAAUAGUAUUCAACAAGUGCCGUUAAAUUUUACGCCUCCUAAUGAUGAAGACGUAGUAAUGACAUCUACAUAAUUUGUUUUAUGUAUUUUGUUUCAUUAAUAUCCCUGUUAAAUCAGUUUAUUUUUAUUAUUAUCAGUUAAUAUCUCUAUCAAUCAUUUGAAUAAGAUGUUAAUUUGUUUGAAUCUCACGAUGAUCAGAAUUCAAUAAAAAAAUGUUAAGAAAUGAUA